AUGUCCCUGAGAAUGAGUGCCGAAGAAGGGCUAGCCACCCUGAAUCUUGAUCGAAGGAACAGCCGAUCAACCUUAUACAAGAUCUGGACGCAUUCUUGGUUCCAGAUCGUAUUGAUCAGCUUAAUUUGUUUUUGCUGUCCAGGGUUACCUAGUGAAGUCCAUUCGCUGACUGCCGAGCAGAUGUACAAUGCGCUCUCGGGUCUCGGAGGUUCCGGUCAGGUCAAUCAGACUGUAGCAGCAAAUGCAAAUGUUGCGCUGCUAUCUGCUACCGCUGCAACUGCUCUCUUCGUGGUUGGGCCAAUCUUUGAUCGUGUUGGACCUAGAGUCUGCCUGCUGCUGGGAGGCUGGACAUAUCCAUUGUAUUCUGGCAGUCUCUUGUGCUUCAAUGCAACAAACAACGGUGCGUUCGUCAUCGCCUCGGGUGCUAUCCUUGGUAUCGGUGCCUCUUUAUUGUGGGUUGCCCAAGGUGCGAUCAUGACCACCUAUGUCCCCGAAUCGCAGAAGGGACGUGCGAUUGCAGCUUUUUGGGUUAUCUUUAACCUCGGUGGCGGUGUUGGAUCUCUCGCUAGCUUUGGCCUCAACUAUGACUCAAAGACCGGUACUGUAUCGAACGCAACGUAUAUUGCACUCCUCAUUAUCAUGGCCGUUGGCUGGUCUUUGGGACUGCUCAUCUGUCCGCCUUCGUAUGUUCGAAGCGCCCAAUUGCAGAUGACCACGGAGAGCGAAAAGAAGUGGAGACACAUUGCUCGACAAUCUCUGAAUACCAUCUGCGACUGGAGGCUCACCCGCCCAAUGCGGGCGCGCGUAGCUUGGGCGUUUCUGUUUGUCACUGGGAUGGGAAUCUGGGGCGGUGGCUACGCAUUCCAGAAAUGGUCUGAUCAUCGCCUAGAGCUGGGCUUGAAGCAAGACAUUGAUUAUACCGAUGGACACACUUCGGUGGGCCCUAUGUUCCUUUAUAUCUUUUAUGGGGCAUAUGACGCGUUCUGGCAGUCGUUCUGUUACUGGCUCAUGGGAGCUCGGUCGAAUUCGCCCGCCGUGACAGCUGUGCUAGUGGGCGCGUAUAAAACCUUCCAAAGCGUCGGUAGUGCGAUGGCGUGGCGUAUCAAUGCGAUGGCGUGGCGUAUCAAUGCGAUGGAAAAGCCUGCGAUGACACAAUUUGCUAUGGACUGGGGUCUUUGCAUGGGAUCGCUUUGCAUCGUCAUUCCAACUGUUUUGGCAAUCACUUUGACGAGUGAAAUUGACCCAACGCCUGACGAGAAAGGAUCACCGAAGACAGAGGAUGUUGAUGGAAAGGCGGAGAUUUCUUAG